AUGAAAAACACACAACUACAAACUCUACAGAAACAACUUGAAGAAAUCAACAAGACAAUGUCUGACAUCAAAGAUGAAAUUGAUUCAAUUGAUCUUGCUGAGGAUUCUAAUAACAUUUCAAAACUGUUGAGUAUUACAACCAAUGUACUAGAUAGAUAUAGAAAUCUUCCACAAAAAAUUCUACCGUCUUUGUCUAAAUUCAACCCAGGCACAAUUAAUGGAGCAGAACUUAGUAAACUGUUUGGCACCUUAUCAUCAAGUUCUCAUACUUCAGAUAAACUUGGCUACAGCAUGAAAACAACACAGAAAUCAUCAAAUGCUGGAUCCUCUUCUCCAGUCAAACAGCUGCUUGAUGAACCAGAGACUGUCACCACCAUAGACACUGGGUAUGAAUACCUUUACAAUGUUGUCUGUCUGAGUGAUGAAGAAAUCUGGACAAGUGGAAUAGACACAACCAUGAAACUCUUCAGCAUCAAUCAGGGAUCACUACUCAAGUCAAUCACAACCAAGUUAGGGAAGAGACCAGAGGACAUAGCAGUGACAAAAAGUGGAAAUCUAGUUUAUACUGAUAAAAGUAGAACUGUUAACAUUGUGAAGAAUGAGAAGAUCGAGGAGGUGAUCAGACUACAGAAUUGGAUACCUCGCGGUGUCUGUAGUACCUUCUCUGAGAACAGGAACCUGGAUAUCUGUGUGUCUGUUUGUGGAGCUAAUGCUGUAGUGGUUGUCAAUCAGGCCGGAAAACUGAGAUUUAGGUACACUGGACAUACUCCUGCUCCAAAGAACCAAUCAUUUAGUCCACGAGGAAUCACCACAGACAGUCAGAGUCACAUCCUUACAGCUGAUUGUGACAAUGACUGUGUCCACAUCAUAGACCAGGAUGGACAGUUCCUCUGUUACAUAGACUGUGGACUUAGUGUACCCUGGGGACUGUGUACAGAUGCAAAUGACAAUCUGUUUGUUGCUCAAUUAGAAAACAAAGUAAAGAAAAUCAAAUAUCUCCAGUGA